AUGCAUAUUGAAGACUUUAAUUUUGAAGAAUCUGAUGUCAGAAGAACGAAUGACGAAUUGUCCCCCGAACAGAAGGCAAUAGUCGAUAACGGAAUUAGGAACGAACAGAUCCAAAAUUUCACGAGCACAUCAUCCGAAAACCUAAAAACG